AUGGUUUACAUUACUUCGUGGGACGAUUUUAUGGAACGAUCCAUUCAGCUAUUCCGCGCCGAUCCUGAUUCUACGCGGUAUGUCAUGAAGUAUAGACACUGUGAUGGAAAAUUGAUACUCAAGGUCACUGAUAACGUACAGUGUCUUAAGUAUAAGACAGAUCAAGCACAAGAAAUUAAGAAGAUGGAAAAACUUAAUAAUAUAUUCUUUACGUUGAUGGCUCGGGGACCAGAAGUGGAUCUGUCUGAGGUCACUGGGAAAGAACAAAUGGAUGCACAACCGGUUAAAAAAGGAAGAGGAAGAAAGCAAUAA